CAUGUCCAAUAAAAAAGGUCUCGUCGCCGUCGUCCCCCUCCACCGCCAAUUUUCCCUUUUACCCUCCCCUUUUAACGACCGUCAGCUUCAGGGCCACAUUCACUCAUUCUAUUCUCUAACCGUGAAUAAUAUUGCAUUUUGCAACCCACGCUCUUUUUCUACAAAUAAAUACCACUGAUACACGGUUACCGUCACUCUCUUCUAAACAAAUUAAUUACAAAUAUCCAACAGACCUUAAAAAGGGAAGAAAAGUUAUAAAGAUCAUCACUAGUGAUAAUCACAUUCCCUAACGCGAGUCAACUUGGAUACCGCCCGCUUUGACGAUCUUGAGGAGGAUAAUCUAGAAACGUGAUACCCAUUUUUCGAUCAACAUCGACAACCACAAAAAACCACAUUCGAGAUGCAUGUCCCAUCGUUGAUCGUGUUGGCCGUCGGCGCCGCCUCUGCCGUCGCGCAGUACCCCGUCGAGUCGGUGACUUCCUCCGCCGGAACCACCACCGCCACCUCGUACCUGACGGCCACCGUCACCAUCACCAAGUGCAACCCCACCAACACCGCUUGCCCGCUGUACUCCAGCUCGAGCUCGUCGACUUCGUCUUCCAUCUCGACGCCUCCCGCGUACCCCACAAGCUCCGUUGCGCUUAACACCACCAGCUCCAUCGCUACUUCCUCCACUUGGUACCCGAUCUCCAAGAACUCGACUGUUUCCGCCGGCCCCACCGCCUACCCCAACGUCUCUUCCAGCUACGUCAUUCCUACCACGUAUGCUACGCAGACCUCGUUGAUCCCCACAACAGCCGCAGCUACCCCGUCUUCCCCGGCAUCCACCUCCGCGCCUCCCGUCCCGGCCAGCGGAGCCGGCCUCGUCUCCGUCCAGUCCGGACUCCUGAUGGGUGUCAUGGCCAUGGGAGCCGCUUUCUUCGCAUAAGCAGCCAGCUUGUAGCGUGGCGCGAUUCGGGCAUAAGUGGAGGAUGACGAAAGACUUAGUUCACUUCGAUUCUAAUCACAUUAUUGAUUCUCCGGGGAAGGAAGCUUGGGGUUCUUUUCUAAAGGCGGCAUCGGUUUGGGGAGGCUGGUUUAAUCGACCGGCAGAUCCUGGGCGCGUCAGCUCUUUUUUCUCUAUGUCUAAAGUCAGGAGGAUGUAUUCUCUAGUGUUUAGAGCAUGCGGGGGAGUUGGGAAGGUUCAUGUCUAUACUUGAGCAGGGGCGUCGUGUCGAUUAUACGAGGUCGGCAUGGCUAAUGACAUAUAUUUUCCAUUCAGAUUACUUGUGUGUUCUUAUGUGAUUGUCUUGGAUUAUUUCCAUUUGUUGACAUUUGGCUUAAGUGAUAGACUAUGCGUCUAUGUAGGUCAGACAGGUCGGAUAACAUAAUGGCGACAUGUAUGAUAGGUGUAGUAUAUACGUGAGUAACUAUUAUAUAUCGCAAUCAACCAGAAUAGGAGUAUGAACAAAAGCUGACGUUUCAAAGAGUUCCACGAUGCCCAUAUCUGAACCAAACGGAUGGGGUCACUCUGAUCGACAUAUUAGAACGUAUUUGAUUAUGGACGUC